AUGGGGUCGGGAGCAUCGGGCUUCGCUGCUGAGAGCCCAGGCACGGACUUGCGGCUUCCAACAACUGGACUUCGUUUCACCGUUAACCAACUACGGAGCCUUAAUUCUUACUUCGACACGCUUUAUGAGGAGGACCAAAAAAAUCGAAUGUCAAUUGAAAUGGAAUGCUUAGUCGAGAGUAUAGUUCAGCGGAUUGUGGACGGAGCUGGUCAGAAAGAUCCGCGGUUCAGAUGCAGUCAUUUGAUUGCGCUGCAUAGAGAAAAAAAGAUGCGGUCACGUUCACUGGAGUACAUUGUCACGUUGGAUUCGUUGCCAGUCCUCAACGCCGACAGUGAAGACUGUCGUCUUCAGGACGGUCCUGUCGGCUACGGGAAGAUCAGACUGACUGGCCGGGAAGCUGACAAGUGGGCGGAGUUUUUAACACCAUCGGGAUAUUUAUGCAGGGACAAGGUGGUGGAGCGCUGGGUGCAGGCGGCAGCUCGCAGCGCGCGCGCACGAGGCGGGGGCACCGAGCGCGUACAUUGCGCGCGAGCUGCGGCACAUGCACGCCCCUACCGCUACUGUUACUUGCAGCGAGUAUCUCCUCAAACAAGAACGGAGCACCGCUUAGCAAUAGUGGAGGGUGCGGCGUGGGUGAUGGUUCGCGUGGGUGUCGGCGGUGUGGAUGCGGGGGGUGUGGGGGGUGCGGGGGAGGUGGAGGCGAAGUUAAUGCUGGCGGCCAGGGUGGGGGGGAGCGCGCGCGCCGCGUACACGGGCGCCGUGCCCCUCACGCACCCCCUGGCGCUGCUGCACUACACCGCCGCUCAGGGGGGUUACUACGCCGCGGCUGUAGGCCCUCCGACGUCUACGGCAUGUAACGAGCGUGGAAUCUUGUGGCAGCUGUGGCAUCCUUCCCUGGAGGCGGCUCUGGACUCGCAUUGCUCUGAUCUGUCAACUGUGGCUAGAGUGGCCGGUGCUCUUAACGCUACAAUAGACCGCAUGCGAGAGGGAUCCUAUCAGGGCUCUAUUCAGCUUCUAAGUCGUUACUUGGCAUCAUGUGCGUUUCGAGCGAGGCUGCUGCACUGCGGCUCGUACGACAAGUGCCUGGCUCGUUUCUGCGCACACGCACACAGAUCCCACCAUCUGCUGCUCACUCUCGACUCGUUGGUACGUGUGUGCGAGCGGGGCGGGAGGGCGGGGCUAGUAUUCCCUCUGGAGCGUGCUGGACUCGCACGACGUGGCUGUAGGAGCGCGGACUGGUCGCAUGAUGCUGCGUGCAUCAGGAGCUGUCUGUCCCACUUGCACGCACUCGCAGGUAACGAAGCAAUCCCUCCAACUCCCUCGGAGUCACUGGAAACAGCUUUAUUCUGCCGCUGGGAGAGGUUGAACAAGGAAUCGAAGGGUUCGCUCACAUCGCACAGCUAUAGCAGGCGGCAACUGCGCUACUUGUGCCGAGUGGCGAGAGAACUGAUCAACUAUAAGAAAUUAUUGGUUUAUGAGGACCAAAGCACCUUCCGAGCAAACCUCAUCCAAGCUACCUCUGAACAGUUGGAGCCCAUUGAAGAUCUUAUCCACAUCCUCGCUAUAGUGCUGGACCAAGCCCGGGAUGCAUACCUGAAUAAUUUCCAAGCUAAAUCUGUCGGGGAGUUUGAUAGAGAACUGACAGUUUACAGAUCAAAAAAGUGGAACAAAUUGAAGGACUACUAUGAUGCGUCAUCUGCGUGCCUAAUAGACGCUGUUCGAAGAGACCCAGAACUUAGGAGGGAAGAUCUAAAAGACGAGACCAAUUUGAUGAAGAACGUGCUUCUGUGGCUUCAUAAGGGAGCCAAAGAGGACAAGAAGUACCUGAGUCCAGUUCUCAAGCCAUAUCUGGAUGGUCUUUUCAACGUCUCUAUGGAGAAUUCUUGGUUUUUGGAGGAUUUCGAUGCGAGCAGAUGCGAAAUGGAGUAUGAAGGUCUAGGUGAAUAUUGUAUGGGAGUCCAUAAUGGAGAGAUUGAACCGUGCAUGGGCCUGUUGGAUGCUGCGAAGAAGUUCACCUGGGCAAAGGCCAUGGUCGAUUUCUUGGAUAGAUACCGCCAUAUUGAGUUUCGUCUGGUGUUCCCCACUGGUGAAGGGUUCGCGGUCUCGUACGCAGUGAAGCUUCCUUCUCGUCGGGAACACAGCUCAGCUCGCAUUCUCACCUUAAGCAGAAGGGACAAGGCCGAAGCCAAGAUCAGGCUGGCAACGAGAUGUGUGCUUGGGGCCUUCAAUUCGGCUCUCGUCGGUGACAGAAGCCUAAAUGGUAGACACAUCGGACGUCAUGAGAGCUCAGAAGAAAUCCUUAGGAAUGUCAAAUCUGGAAAUUUCUGGAGAAACAAUACUAAGCCGGACAUCAUCCCGGUCAACUCCCACCAAGACGUAUCAUCUCUCGACACUAUCCCCAGGGUUGUCAGAAGAUCAAGAAGGAAUAGACCAGCCACGUCCUAUGGAUUCCCAGAAAUUACUAUCACAGAUCAAUCGGAUACGAAAACCUUAAGAAGAAAAUACCAUACUUUGAGGAGUCUAGUUUAUACCGAACCAGUUGAAAAUAUUAAGGAGUUGAAGCGACGGCCGAGGUCCGCUGGGUCUACUGUGAAGAAUAAGGACGCUAUGAGUAGACCGAGUAUUUUGGAAACACUAGAUUUUAUAAACAGUGUGAAGGAUGCUUUAUAUGUGGAAGAGUCGGGUACGUCUGACGCGGAAGAUAUGGCGUGGUCGUGGUGCGACGAGUGGGUGGCGGGGCGCGCGGCGCCGCUGGGCGUGCUGGCGGCGCGCGGCGGCGCGCUGCACCUGGCGCUGGCCGACCUGGUGCCGGCGCUGCUGCAGCGCGCGCGCUUCACGAUACUACAAGAACUGUGCUCGUUUCUCGGUGAGUCCAGCGAAGGUGCACUGUUCGCUCUCCACCGACUUGCACGAGCGGCUCGUUCUAGAAGUAGCGAGAGGGCUACCAAUUCUUGGAAGCUACCGGAAGCUUCUGUGAUAGAGAAGGAAGCGCCCCAGAAGUACAAAUCCCGGCCUCUCGACUAUGUGUCUGGAGAUGAGGCGCCCCAGCCUCCACCCUUGCCUAGGCAUGCGAGCAAAAGUAAACAGAUAACAAAACUGUAUCCCGAUUACGUGCCAUCAAAACGCUUGCAAGAACUCGAACACGACUUAAAUAAAUUAGAACAUGCCAAAACACGUUUAACUUUGGACCAAAAUUUAAACUAUCCAUUAAAUAAUUGCACCGGCAUCAUCAAUCCAAUAUACGACAUCAAAAUGCCUAAGGACAAAUUCGCAGUUAAGAGAACUAAAUCAUUGGGCAGAACGUACAGUUCUAGGCAUUUAGGUUUAGAGAUAACCAGGUAUAACCUAACAUUGGGUCCUAAAGCCGGGAAGAAGACUAACGACGUGGUCACCGCUAUGAACGGUACAACUGGGGAGACUGGAUUAGAUUUUAAAAGCAAUUUCUUCCAUAGAUAUGCCUCUGAUAAUGUGGUUGGGGAUUCGUAUAAAAUUAGCCGGGUUACUGUGGAUUGA